AGAGAGAGAGAGAGAGAGAGAGAGAGAAGAAAAGAAGAGGGCAUCGGAUUGUAUUUGGCUUCCUCCCUCCAUUGUAUUAUUUAUAAACCAAAGGGUUACACCAAAUAAGGUAAGUAGUACUUUGUACAACAAGAUAACUAGAAAAUAGAAAUGUACUCUAAUUAGGAAACUAAAGUGACCUAGUCUAACUUGGAAAGGUUGGCACAAACCCCCAACUUGUGACUCACGUAUCUCAACACCCCCCCCAAGCUGGAGUAUACAUAUAUAAAAGAAAAGCUCCAGCAUGGACCAACAAGAAUAGAAAAUUAAUCGCAACAACAGCAUCAAAGGCUAUUCACAAGGAAUAUAGGUAAUAGGUAAGGCGAGUAGUAGCAACAUCAAGUUGCCGGGGACCAAGUAAUAGCAGCAACAACAAAGGCUUUUCCCAAGGAAGGCAGGUAGUAAGGAAAGUAGCAACAUUAGGUUGCUAGGGACCAAGUAACAACAUCAGGUUGCCGAGUAUCAAGUAGCAGUAUCAGGGUGCCGAGGUAAGCAAGUAGCAACAUUAGGGUGUCGAGCACCAAGUAGUAGAUAAAACAAACAAUAUAAGAACUCCAAUCUCCCCCUCAUCAUGUGUAGCAUGACUCGUGGACAAACAAUGUCCUAUAAGCAACAUCUUCAAAGGAUGAGCCGCACAUAUAAGUUCAUAAUCAAGAGCAUAAAAGUAAUUUCUGAUCUCCCUCACAAUGUAGCAGCAAAAAAAAAAAAAAAAAAAAGGAACAAAUAAUUUUCAACCACCAUGUCAUGAUGGAUGAGCAUCAGAUAGAAAGGCCAAUCAAGAGUAGCCACAACCAAAAUCCUCCAAUAAUAGCAAUUAGACCAUCCUCCAUGCAAGUACCCAACUUGUGAAAAAAAAUAUAGCACCCCAAAUUGAUGCGAUCUAAGGGACCAAGACCCAAAAUUGAGUGUUACGGGCUCACAUUUGGCAAAUAUGUAAUUAAUCCAUGCAAUCCUGGGGUUGAAACAAAUUAUGGGCCCACCCAAGGGCGGUAAAACUCAAUUAUUGUGAAGUAAUGGCAAUCUGGUCAUUAACCAGAAUUUUUCAUGGGGCUAAACUAGGAAAGAAGGUUAAUUAAUGGACAUGAAGGCAUCAAUAUUGGAAAUUAAAAAGACCAAGAGAAAAAAAGAAAGUAAUGGGAGUAACGUAUGGUCAAACGGUAAACUAAGGAAGCCAAACAAAAUGGGAUAAAAGGAGAUUAGUAUUUAUUGAAUAAAGGCAAACUUGGAAUGCACAAUAACUUAAUGGCAAGAUGCAAUAAGAGAAGAAUAGGAGGGGCAUUAAUUAUGGCAAUAGGAAUUAGGGGUUUUAACAUUCCACGCAUGAGAUAUUCUUCAACCUCACGACAGCCAAAGGCCAGCAGAAAAAUCGACCCGAUUCAAGGUGAAAAAAAAAAAUACCCAACAAGGAAACAAUCAUCCUGAAAUUGAGGGGGUUAAGCUCCUUACACAAGGUCCUCUUGAAAGCACAAAAUCGUACCCUCACAAGAUAAUCUAAUAGAGAGAAAUAAAUUCUGGAAGCAAGACUUGGCAGAAACAACAUAUUCAGGCCUGUUGCAGACAUUGUUGCUCACAAGCGGAGAGGUGUUAGGACUUAGGACUUGGGGUUCAAGGGUUUGAAUCGCCUAGAUGUAGGCUUCCUUUGACCCAAACCUCAGGGUUAAUCGAUUAAAGGGCACCCAGCUAAGAAGGAUUUUCAAGAGAAUAAGGACUGCAACUGUACCCAGUAGUAAUAGCAUAACCAGUAGAAAUCUUCCGGCAGCAAUCGAAGCACACAGCAGCAACGAUAAUAGACUGCUGAUAUUAGCCAAUAAUCUCCUCCGUUAACAGCAAAGAGGCAGCAGUAGCAGUGAACCCACGGAGGAUGCCACCAUUCAAGCCAAAAAAGGAGCCUCCAUUUAAAAAGCGGAAAGUUGAAUCAACUCAAGUUGGUCCUCUCAAGUCUUCUUUUAAACUGGGAUUGCCUACUACAACUGUUCCUAAGAGCAGACUGUCAGUUUCACCCCUACCAUCUCCACCUGAGCAAUCUGGUCCUUCAUCAUCUCCAUUUGGAACUGGAAAUCUGACGCAUGGUCAUACAAGUGGAGAGGAUGCUAUUGCCCCCCAGGUGGUGGCAAAGGAGGAUAUUGCAAGCUCUGAAAAAGAAAUGCCCAUCAGGGCUGCUCAUGGAGCUGCACAGGAAGCAUCAGCUCAUAAAGUGGGUUUAGGAGCUACACCAAUGGAUUUGCAGAGUCAUUUGAUCAUGCUACUUAUGGAGAAUCCGAAGGGAAUGAGUUUAAAGGCCUUGGAGAAAGCAAUUGGAGACACAAUACCCAACAGUACGAAAAAGAUUGAGCCUAUUAUAAAAAAAAUUGCAACUUUUCAAGCUCCAGGAAGGUAUAUCUUGAAAAAAGGAGUGGAAUUGGAUAGCCUCAAGAAACCUCUAUCUGAAAGUGGAAGUUCACCUGAGUGCAUCCGUGGUCAAACUCCAGUCCCAGAGAAAGCUACAACUGAAGGAUUUGAGAAGCCAGGCCAGUUGAGCUCACAACUAGUAGAAGAAUCAAAUGAGGUGGAGAAGACCAAUAUUCAACAAAGUUCCCCUGAUAUCUUUGGUGAUAAAAAACUUUCUGACAAUAGUGAAGGGCAAGCAGGUAGCUCUAGUGACAGUGGAAGCGACAGUGACAGUGAAAGUGAAAGCAGUGACAGUGGAAGUGACAGCGGAAGCCAGAGUAGAAGUGUAAGUAAAAGCAGAAGCCCCGCUGGAAGUGGAAGUGGGAGUAGCAGUGAUAGUGAAAGUGAUGGUUCUUCUAGCAGCAAGGAGGGAUCUGAUGUGGAUGUUGAUAUUAUGACAAGUGAUGAUGACAAAGAAGCUGAGCAUAAGUUGCAGCCGCCAGAAUUGAAGAUCUCUGAUUCUCCCAUUCAUUGGAAAACUGAUGCUGUACCUGAGAAAAAUGAGAUUGAUGAAGAUAGACAGCAUGCACCAGAUACAGAUGGGGUUGAUAAGGACUUGGGAAUUGAUGAUCAUGAAAAUGAAAUGGUUGAUAUUACUGAUUUGGAACCUAAGAAGGGGGAGGCAAGAUCUUCAGAAACUAUUCCUUUUUCACCAGAUCAUGAUAAGAAACAGGAGGUGCAAUAUAUGUCCCAUCCUGGAAAAAUUGCUAAUGAAAUGCAAAAUAUAGUGAAGGAUGUGACAGGGCAUGAACAGUCUGACAAUUUUGAGAGAGUAUCCAAAUCCAAGUCAAAAAGGGAAUUUGAUGUAAAGCAUUUUGAGGUGAAACCCGAAAGUGCUAAAAGGUCAAAAGCGGGAAUGCCAUCUCAACCAUCAGCUGGGAGGAGAAGGGAUGCUAUGUUCUCCGACAUUCCCCAUCGUUUAUCUCCUGAUAGAUUGAACCAGGAUUCCCACGAGGACCAUGCCAUACAGAUGAAUGACAGAGUUGGCAAGGAUGGGAAUGCAGAUCCUGGUUCACAAAAAGGGCACGGUGUGGCAGUACCUGGGAGAUCUAUUUCUGAUGCCCACCAAUCAGGUCAAAGAUCUCUUGACAUCAGUGCACGGGGAAAGACUACAGACAGAACAGAUAGAUCCAACAAAUAUUUAGAGAACUUGGGGCGUGGUUCUAAACUAUCUGAAAAGAAUUCUUUUGUGCCUGAUGAAUCAAAUGGGUCUGCUUUCAGGAGCAUGCACACACAUGAAAAGGGUUCCAUGCCUAGAGACAAAAUACAUAGAGAAAAGCAUGAUGAUGAUGGUUGUGCUUAUGAGAAAUUAAUCAACAAAAAUGUCCGGGAAAGUGUUAAUGGUGACAGAUCUUCAUUGCCGUCCAACAUACAGUACAGGAACCAUGUUGAACAAGUGGGGAAGUCCAAGGAUGCAAGCCAUAUGAUGCACCAAGACAUGGGGCCUCUCCCUAUGCAUAACAAUAGGAGUGAUGUAGAAAAAUCCCCAGCUCUCAAUGGAAGAGGGGCUUUACUGAGAAGGGAGCUGUCAGAUUUGGAGUUGGGUGAACUUCGUGAGCCCAUGCCUGGGGCAGAAACACAGGCGGUCAAGAAGCAGUUUGAAAGAAAAACUUCUUUCAAACUGUCCGAAAAUAAACCGAGUGCUUCAGAUAGUUGGGAUUCAGAUUUCAGUAAAGGACGAACCGUGACAAAGGCAAGUCAGGACUCGAGAAAGCAGCAAUCCCCAUUUAAGAAAAGGGCCUCAGAAGAUGAUGCUGAAGAUUCUAUGAGGCCUCAGCAGAAGGCUGCACACUCUCUGUCUCAGCAGUUGCCUGGAGUAGAUCGUGCGGACAAUGAAGUUGGGCCCCAGUCAAAUAAAUUCAUGGAUAUGGGUGGCAAAUCUAGGAAGAAUGAGGCAUACACGAACAAGGAUGUUGGUCCGGAAGGCUGUGGAAGCACUCAUAAGAAGGCACCUACAAGUGCACCACAACAGCAUGAGCCUAAACACACAGGACAAGCAGUCGCUGCCAACAUGAUCAAAGAAAGUAAAUCCCUUAAGUCUAACUCAGUGGCCGAUGUAACUGACAGAAGGAAUGGUUCCUUAUGGAUGGAAAGCAAUAGCAGCAAUUGUAAGAGGAGGGAAUCUUCUUCAGAUGAAGAUAGUUGUUCUUAUUCCAAGUAUGACAAGGAUGAACCGGAGUUCAAAGGACCAAUAAAAGAUUUCUCACAAUAUAAGGAAUAUGUCCAAGAGUACUGUGAGAAAUACGGGAGUUACUGCUCUUUAAACAAGAUCCUAGAGACUCACAGGAAUGACUUCAAUAAACUGGGACGUGACCUUGAAGUUGCGAAAAGCCGGGAUUUGGAGGGAUAUUAUAACAUCAUGGAGCAGUUGAAGGAAAUGUAUCGCCAACAUGGAACGAGGCAUAAACGGCUAAAGAAGAUAUUUAUUGUGCUUCAUGAAGAACUAAAGCACCUCAAGCAAAGAAUCAAAGAUUUUGCACUACCAUAUACAAAAGAGUGAGGAGUCGCUCUUUUUGUACCUAAAGUUGUAUCUGGUGUUUUUUUGAUCCUUUGAGUCUGAGAAUCUUGCUCUGGUGGGGCCAUCAUGUUCAAGUUUGUAUCUCCAGUGUAUAUAGUACUCAUGGACCCAGGCAAAGUAUGAAGAAGCUGCUGAACUCAAUUGUGGACCAGCCGAUGGUAUGUCAUAAUGUUCAUGAAUGAAAGCCUCACUCUAGAACUCUAGAUUGGAUGAUUGAUGAGUCCUUCAAGGAAGUUCAGGCAUGAUGGAAGACGAGCGUAGAGCAUAUAGAGCGCCAACAAUGAUUCCGAGCUAUUGUAUGGAGAUUACUCCAAUCCCCAAAAACAGAGAAAACCAAAAGAAAUAGGAGUGGGGUUUUUUUUACAAGAGAUAUACCAUGUGUCCAUGGAUCUUAUUUUUGUGGUGGCAGUCACUAAGUUGUUACUGCUACCUGUUGAUUUGUUACUUCCAAGAAAUAAUGGAAGCAGGAGUUUUUGUUGAUGUUGGAACUUAACAAGAGUGAUGGGGAAUCCAGAAAGGGUAACAUUUUCCUAUCUUGUAAUUCUAACAGGGAUUGAUUGGAUGAUUAUAUACAAAUGUACAGAUCCAUAGCAUUUACAUUUCUUACUUUGAAUGGAUUUGUCUUUUGAGUGUUUCUUUCUUCA